UCCGGCGGAACGGGCCCGCGGCCGCCCCGAGGCAGGCCCCGUAAAAAUGUCGGUUUCGGGAGAGUGCGGGUGUGUUCCGGGAGAACAAUACCGUUCAGGCCCUGCGCACGUCUGGUGUUGAGGCUUAGAAUAUGUCUAGAGGAGGUGGCCUCAGUAACAUGUUGUUCCAGUGCUCCUUACCUGAUACCACAGCCACGGUUGGCGACGAACCUCGGAAAGUGCUCCUGCGGCUAUACGGGGCAAUUUUACAGAUGAGGUCCUGUAAUAAAGAGGGAUCCGAACAAGCUCAGAAAGAAAAUGAAUUUCAAGGGGCUGAGGCCAUGGUUCUGGAGAGCGUUAUGUUUGCCAUUCUUGCAGAGAGGUCACUUGGGCCCAAACUCUAUGGCAUCUUUCCCCAAGGCCGACUGGAGCAGUUCAUCCCGAGCCGGCGAUUAGAUACUGAAGAAUUAAGUUUGCCAGAUAUUUCUGCAGAAAUAGCUGAGAAAAUGGCCACAUUUCAUGGUAUGAAAAUGCCAUUCAAUAAGGAACCAAAAUGGCUUUUUGGCACAAUGGAAAAAUAUCUAAAUCAAGUGCUGAGAAUUAAAUUUACUGGAGAAUCCAAAAUUAAACAGCUCCACAAAUUCCUUAGUUACAAUCUGCCUUUGGAACUGGAAAACCUGAGAUCACUGCUAGAAUCUACUCCAUCUCCAGUUGUAUUUUGUCACAAUGACUGUCAAGAAGGUAAUAUCUUAUUGCUGGAAGGCCGAGAGAAUUCUGAAAAACAGAAACUGAUGCUCAUCGACUUCGAAUACAGCAGUUACAAUUACAGGGGAUUCGACAUUGGGAAUCAUUUCUGUGAAUGGAUGUAUGAUUAUAACUGUGAGAAGUACCCUUUUUUCAGAGCAAGCAUGCGGAAGUAUCCCACCAGGAAACAGCAGCUCCAUUUUAUUUCCAGUUACUUGGCUGCAUUCCAGAAUGACUUUGAAAACCUCAGUAGUGAAGAAAAAUCCAUUAUAAAAGAAGAAAUGUUACUUGAAAUCAAUAGGUUUGCCCUUGCAUCCCAUUUCUUCUGGGGACUUUGGUCCAUUGUACAGGCCAAGAUUUCGUCCAUUGAAUUUGGGUACAUGGACUACGCCCAAGCGAGGUUUGAUGCCUAUUUCGACCAGAAGAGGAAGCUGGGGGUGUGACUGUGGGGAGGCCUCCAUCCACCUGGCACUGGACAGCACGCAGAGGUGGCCAAGCAGGGCCCCUCUGUGCUUCGACUGCGCACCUGCGGCAGGACGGCUCUGGAUGUCUCACUACUGAACACAGAUGUGUAUGAUACUAAAGACUGUAUUAAAAUGGAGUAACAUUUAUUCAUAUCUUGUUUACGAUUUCACUAGGACUCUGAAACGAGAUUGGGAAGCAGAAAUAUAGUCCAAUAGUGCAAUAGUGCAAUAUCUCUGAAUGCUUUUAAUCUAGAGAAGGCAUUUUGUAUUUGGGGGUCAGGGUUUCCAGUCAGAUACGGCAGACAGCAAAAGUAAACAGUGUUACUGCAGGUACCCUGGUCAAUGUUGAUUUUACAAAUUUUUCAUUAAUGUGCUGGUGAACAUUGUGACCAGGCUCUUUGUAGAUGACGAUGUGUUGUAGACACUACUCACUCCCAGAGACAUACUGUGAAGUCACUAGUCACUGCUGCAGGGCGGGCUUCCUGGUGCCUCAGGAAGUUGCUCUUUCCCCCUCGCGGUCCAGACGGUGGAGGCUGGGGAAGCGGCUCGCGCAGGGGCCGCUGAGCGCCUGCAAGGGGCACGGCUCCUCUGUGCCUGUCAUGCAUAUUUUGUUAGACUGACAAGUUUCUCUGUAACUGGAUAGAACCUCUGUCGGGCCCCUCCUAACUGUGUUGGGCCCCUAGUAGCUCCAGUGAGGCUGUGGCCUCUGGACCACGUGGGGACCUCCCCAUCUUCCUUCCCUCCCAUCUCCCCUCCGGGAGGAGCAGGCUACUCUCCCAGCUGUCUGGGCCCUUCCCUCCUCCCGCUAGGCCUGGAGCCUGGGAGCCUGCCAUGGGGGGCUGGCCUCCCAGGUGGGUUCUGCCCGGGGCCCCGGGCAGGGAGAGGGAAAGCCUGGCCUGGGCUCUCCAGUGGCCAGCUUUCCUGGCCCUCUCUUUUCCUGGUGUCCCUUAUGUCACUCAGCAGCCAGUGUGUGGAAUGUGGGGCCGUGGAUAGAGUAUAGCUGUGAAAUCUGUAUAUAUUAAAUGUCCUAUGGGAUAAAUUCAUAGCAGACCUUUUUUUUACUCUUAUUUGAAUUGUUUUUUGUGCAUAUAUUUCUGCUACCACAGAGAUUGUACUAUAU